UUGAGAACACAAAAACGCAAGUACUUGUCUCUCUCUUUUGAAAUUUGGGAGUUCCUCCAAAUUGAAAGUUAAGAACACAAAAACGCAAGUACUCGUCUCUCUCUCUUAAGACUUUCAAACUCAUGUUCCAAUACCAUUCAUAAAAAAAUAAAUAAAAAAUAAAAAAUCAUGUUCAACGCUUACAAACCAUUUUAUUCUGCAUUGUGAACGCCCACUGAUCUCUCUCAUCUCCGCCAAAUGGAAGAAGUACCCAAUUGUAGAGACAAAUCACCACCACAUAGCGCCGCCACAACAUGUUGCAAGUGCGGCGGCCCCACCGGCUUCCCGCCACCUCCGUCAUGUUCUCCGCCGCCCACUUACCGCCCCAUCCGCGCCCCCGCCAUCAAUCUCCCACCCGACGCCAAUCCCCAGCAAGCGAUAAUCCUCGCCCCUGUUCCACAAUCCCAGAAAGUCCCCAUUCUUUCUCCUCCCUAUCAUUUCCAAACCCCCACCAAGCAAAUCCACUCCCCUGACGACAUCCACCGGCUCCACCUCUCCGGCUCCGCCACCAACUUCCUCGGCUUCGUCGUCGCCCUCAGCGAAUCCAUCCGAGGCCACAAGCUCUCCGAUUCCUGCCACCAGUCCCCCACCACCACCUCCAUCGUCUCCGUCAUCGAAACCCUAAUUCAGUACGUUGACGACAUCCCACCGGGCCCCCAAUCCGCCCGAUAUGGCAAUUUGUCCUACAGAACUUGGCACACUCGCAUGACCGACAAUGCCGACUCGUUCAUGUUCCGAUUCCUCCCGGACGAUCUUCGGUCCGCAACCGUCGAACUCGUCCCUUACUUCGCCGACAGUUUCGGCAAUUGGAACCGCAUCGAUUACGGUACUGGUCACGAGACCAAUUUCGCUGCUUGGUUGUAUUGUCUCGUGAGAUUAGGACUUAUCAGAGAGGAGGAUUACCAUGCUGUUGUGUCUAGGGUUUUCGUUAAGUACCUUGAAUUGAUGAGGAAAUUACAAUUGGUUUACUGUCUUGAGCCCGCAGGUUCGCACGGCGUGUGGGGACUCGAUGACUAUCAUUUCUUGCCGUUCAUAUUCGGGUCAUCGCAGUUGAUCGGUCACAAGUACAUGAAACCCAAGUCGAUUCAUAAUGAGGAUAUACUUGAGAAUUUCUCUAGUGAGUAUCUGUAUCUUUCUUGCAUUGCCUUUGUGAAGAAGGUGAAGAAGGGGCUGUUUGCGGAGCAUUCGCCGAUGUUGGAUGAUAUCAGUGGUGUGCCUAAUUGGAACAAGGUGAAUAGUGGGUUGCUGAAGAUGUACAAGGCGGAGGUAUUGGAGAAGGUUCCUAUAAUGCAGCAUUUCCUGUUUGGUUCGCUCAUCAAAUGGGACUAGCUGGUGUAUCACCUUUUUUUUAGGUGAGAUGUGGAACAAUUUGAAGAGGUUCUCCUCUGGACUCGAUAUAUAGUGAUUGUCAGUGGAAAGUAAUGCACGUAGAAGUUACUUUUUGUGGUAUGUGUCAAUUAAGUUGUAUCGCAACAAAUGUGUCCCGCUGUUUUCAUUUGCCUAUGCAGACUCAUGCUUGGUGAGGAAAAUUUAUUUUAUAUAUUUUUUUCUAUUUUUCCAGUUUUAGAUUAAUGGAAGUUCGGUAACGAUAGUUUGAAAUUACCCAUUUAUUAUAUUUGAUGUAUUCCUAUAAGUAACGAGUUGAUAUACAUUUUGCUUCACUAUUUAGUUUC